AUGGAUUUAGAUUCAUUGGAAGAUCCUAACAACUACAAUUGUUGCAAAAGUAGUCAAAUAAAUGUCAUUAGUAGUACAAGUGGUACAGAAGUUACCAAAUUAAAUGAAUCUACUUCAACUAAAGAACAAAAACAAAACAAAACUGAAAAAUUUAAAAUUAUUGAAAUAUCUAAACUACAGGUGCCAGUAAAGCCAAUUAUUGCAUCUACUUCUGUAAUAAAUCCACCUAAAAUAAAUGAAAAAAAUAUAAAUUCUCACUACACAAGUAGUUCACUAGAUAACAGCAGUAGUACAAGUGGUAUAGAAGUUAGAAAAUUAAUUGAAUCUACUUCAAUUAAAAAACAAGAACAAAACAAAACUGAAAAAUUUAAAAUUCUUGAAAUAUCUAAACAAUGGGUGCCAGUAAAGCCUAUUAUUGCAACUACUUCUGUUAUAAAUUCAUCUAAAAUAAAUAAAAAAAAUAUAGAUCCUCACUACACAAGUAGUUCACUAGAUAACAGCAGUAGUACAAGUGGUAUAGAAGUUACCAAGUUAAUUGAAUCUACUUCAACUAAAGAACAAAACAAAACUGAAAAAUUUAAAAUUCUUGAAAUAUCUAAACAGGUGCCAGUAAAGCCUAUUAUUGCAACUACUUCUGUUAUAAAUUCAUCUAAAAUAAAUAAAAAAAAUAUAGAUCCUCACUACACAAGUAGUUCACUAGAUAACAGCAGUAGUACAAGUGGUAUAGAAGUUACCAAGUUAAUUGAAUCUACGUCAACUAAAGAACAAAACAAAACUGAAAAAUUUAAAAUUCUUGAAAUAUCUAAACAGGUGCCAGUAAAGCCUAUUAUUGCAACUACUUCUGUUAUAAAUUCAUCUAAAAUAAAUAAAAAAAAUAUAGAUGUUACCAAAUUAAAUGAAUUUACUAUAACUAAAGUAAAAGACCCAAACAAAAUUGAAAAUAUAAAAAAUGUUGAUAGUAAAAAUGUUGAAAUAUCUAUAACACGGGGUGUGCCAUUAACGAAAAUGAUUGCAACUACUUUACUUAUAAAUGCACCAAAGAAAAAUGAAAACCAUAUAGAUCCUCUUAAUUCUCAUUCUGACUUGAGCACUUUAUUGAAUAAAAAUAAUAGUGCACUUGGUAUAGAAGUUACCAAAUUAAAUGAAUCUACGUCAACUAAAGUACAAGAACAAAACAAAAAUGUAAAUUUUAGAACUGUUGAUAAUAAUGAUGUUAAAACAUCCAACCAACAGGUGCCAUUAAAGAAAAUGAUUGCAACUAAAUUUGUUUUAAAUACACCUAAGAAAAAUGAAAAUAAUAUAUAUCUAAGACCGAACAAUUUUUCUUUAAAUUUAGAAAAAAUUGCUGUUCCGAAAGCAGUUCUUUCUAAUAUAAAAUUUAUUCCUCCAACUUUGUCUAACCAAAUUAAAAAACCACCAACAAUUGCUUUAAUGCCCACAACUACGCUCAUCAAUCCAAAAACUACAAUUAUUACAAGGUUACAACCCAAGUCAUAUCCUGGUAAAAUUACUAAUAAUAAAUGUGUUCCAACAUUGAAACCAGGGUUCAAAAUAAUAUCUACCAAUGACCCAAAGUCAAAAAUGUUUUUAAUCCCAAAAGGAGUUAAUUAUAUAUUUCAAACAAUAAAUAAAGAAGAAGUUAAAAACCAAUCAUUGCCAAGUUUUAAUUCUGCAUCAACUCUGUCAGAACCAUUAAAUUCUAUUAUACCAGUAUCAGUUGCUGAAAAGUUUAAUACAAUUGAAAAACCAAAAAUUCAAAAUAAAAAUUCAAAAUUUGUUGUUAGCUGCAAGGAAUUUCAGAAUCAAAGAUUCAAAAUUCUAUUAGAUAAAAAAAUAAAGAUAAAUGAAAAAAAUGUCAAACGCUACUACGAAUCAAGCACACAUUUUGAACUUUUAUUUCCACGUUCUUCAAAAAAAUUUGUUAGAUAUCUGAAAAGGCGUCAUACAGAUAUACCAAAUCCUAAAGUAAUAAAGAAUGCAGAUUCUUCAAAAUCUAACCAUGUUCAACAAGUAAGAGAACAAUCAUUCAUAACAUCAUCGUUGAAUGAAAUUAAAAAUACAAUUAAUUUUGUCGGUACAAGUGGUAAGAAAAAAUGUAUACCCCAUACUAUUACAAGUAAAGAUGUAAUUGAUAAUCAUACAAACGUGGUUAUUGAAAAUAAUAAGACUAAAUUAAAUUCUAAUGUUAAAAAUGAAUUAUUGCCUCCUCCACCUGGAUUUAUCCCACUGUCAUCAAGGCCUGAAUCUUCAAUACUUAAAACAUAUGGUCAACCGUUAACUGUCCCAAAAUAUGGUAAUUUUUCUAAUAAAAAUCUAAGCACUGUAAGAUUAGUACCUUAUAAUUCAACUAACCAACCACAUACAAAAUUAGAUUGUAAACAAUAUUUUAUAAAAAUUGUGAAAAAUAAUGGUAGUACUUCCAAAAGUACUAUUGCUACAGUUUCUUCUGAUAAAAUGAUGAAAGUAAUUCCUACUAAAGUGUAUUCACCAAAAAAUCCAAAGAUUAAUAUAGCACCUAAAGGAAGUCAAAAUAAAAUACCAUUGUCAAAACCAACUACCCUUCAAUUACUUUUUCCAAAAGAAAUGAAAAAAGAAAAACCAAAUCCAGCUUAUUGUAUAAAACGUCCAUAUCGUUGUCGAUAUGAAUUUUGUCAAUUAAUUAUAGACGAAUCUAAAUUGAUUGAUAAUAUGUAUUGUAGCUUGGAAUGUAAAAAGUUUGAUACCAAACUGCAGAUAGCUAAUAAAAGUUCUUGUGACAUUGAACAAGCACGGGAAGAAACCCCAAUUAAUAAACCUGUAAUUGAUCGAAAAAUGCUUUUAGCCAAAUUGAAAAGUAGAAUUAAUAAAAGAAAGCAAAGUUUACCAUCAUUCCAAAAACAAUAUGAAGCUGCUCAACAAGUUGAUUUGGUUAAUGUCGUAAACCCUGAUAAUGAGACCUGCAAGAUGCCACCACCAAUACCAAUAACUGUAAAACAUACUUUUCAAAAAUCACGAAAUAGAAGAAAACUUUCAAAAGCAAAUGAACCUACAAUAAUUGUUGAAAACGGUAAAAUAGAAAAUGAAAAUAUAUCAAGCUAUUUGGAACACACUGAUUAUAUACCGGCUCCAAAAAAAUUAUUUGAUAAUCCUUUUCCAAAUGAUUGUAACCCAUUUAAAGUUGGACAAAGAUUAGAAGGUAUCGACCCAGAACAUGAAGCAUUGUUUUGUGUAAUGACUGUAGUAGAAGUUGUUGGUUAUCGCAUUAAGCUACAUUUUGAUGGCUACCAAGAUAUAUAUGAUUUUUGGGUAAAUGCAAAUUGCCCAGAUUUGUUUUAUCCUAGAUGGUGUGAGCAAAACUCUCGCACUUUACAACCACCAAAAAAUUAUAAACUGCCAUUCAAUUGGACUGAUUACUUUAGAAUGCCUGGUGUUGUGCCUGCGCCGAAAUGGAAUUUUCCUAUUGCAAUAUAUAUGGUUAAUCGUACUACAGAUCACUCAUUUUGUAUUGGAGCUAAAUUAGAAGCUUUAGAUAAAUUAACCCGCACACUACCAAAACAGCUUAUAUGUGUUGCUACUGUUGCUGAUAUUUUGGGUAAUCGUAUACGUAUUCAUUUUGAUGGUUGGACAGAUGAUUUUGACUAUUGGACGGAUAUCACAUCAACUAAUAUACAUCCAAUUGGAUGGUGUGAUAAAAAUGGUCGAACUUUGUGUCCCCCUAGUGGUUACGAUAAUUGUAGAGGGAAAAAACCUUUUUCAUGGACUAAAUACUUACAAGAAACGAAUAGUGAACCUGUACCAGAAGAUGCAUUUAUUCGUAGACCAUUACGAGAAUUUACUAAUAGCAUGGCAAUUGAAGUAGUUGAUAUUGCUAAUCCUUCAUUAGUAAGAAUUGCUAAAGUAGUAGAUGUUAAAGGGGAUGAACUUAAAAUACUUUACGAUGGAUUUGAUCCUAUAUAUGCAUACUGGAUUGAAGACGAUAGUCCAAAUAUUCAUCCACUUGGAUGGUGCUUGAAAACUAAUCACCCCAUUGAACUAUUUAAAGUAAACGCAAUACUUUGGAGUUGCAGAGUUCCUGGCUGUAAUGGUAAAGGCAAUACAAAAAGUUCCAAAAAUACUCAUGUAUUUGCCAAAGAGUGUCCAUAUGAGUUUGAGUCAUGGAAAUCAUCAAUUUCCGGGAUGUUAAAUAUUCCUGAUAGAGUAAAACCUGAAGACAUUCCACUUUCAGUUGAAAAUUUUUCAAGUUCUGUUAGUAUUGUACCUCGAGAGGCUAAAAAAAAACAAAAACUGAAGUUAAAUAAAAUAAAAAGUUAUAACUCAAACAAACCCAAAAGAAGAAAAAGAAUCAAUAACAAAUUAAAAAAUAAAUUUAAAAAAAAGAUACCAAAUGGUCGUUCUAAAACUGUUUAUACAAGAGCCGUUGAAGCGAUGAACGAAUUAGAAAAUAUUAAAGGUGUUAAUGAUUAUACAUGCUAUGGCUAUGGAUCUUUUAAACCUCCAAGGCUUAAUGUAUGGACCAGACAUAAUGUUCUACAAGGUAUACCAAUAUUUAGUACUACUGAUGCAAGAAAAUGGCCUAUCAAAGAAGUAGCUGAUUUUGUCGAAAAAAUAGUAUCUAAUAAUUAUACAGACAAUAAUCACUCUGAACGAAUCAAAAUAUCUAAAUCUUUUAUAAAUCAGGACAUUGAUGGCGAAGUAUUUUUAAUGUUAACUCAAAAAGAUUUGACGGAUACACUAAACAUUCCUCUUGGACCAGCACUAAAACUGAACAAUGCUAUUGUUGUGUUAAGACAAAGAGCUACUGCAUUUGAUAUUGCAAAUGGACUGUUAUAA